AUGGCGACGAGACGGAACAUCGUCUUUGUCCACCCCGACCUUGGCAUCGGCGGAGCGGAACGUCUCAUCAUCGACGCCGCCGUGGGUUUGCAGUCCAAUGGGCACAAAAUCACCAUCUUGACCUCCUACCGCGACACGAAUCACUGCUUUGAAGAGGCCCGCGACGGCACCCUCGACGUCCGAGUCCGCGGCGACGCCAUCUUUCCGCCCUCCCUCUUCGGUCGAUUCGCGAUCCUCUGUACUAUCCUCCGCCAGCUCUCCCUCGUCGCCAGCACCGUUCCUCGCGAGUUACCUACCCUCGUCCCGGAUGUCAUCAUCGUCGAUCAGCUCAGCGCGUGCAUACCGUUCUUCCGUCUGCUGUACCCGAAAGCGAAAGUGCUGUUCUAUGGACACUACCCGGAUCGACUGCUGGUGCAGCAAGAGGUGGGAAGUCUCAGGAAGGUGCUGAAGAAGCUGUAUCGCCUACCAUUCGAUGCAUUCGAGGGAUGGAGCACGGGUUGUGCAGACGGAGUGGUGGUGAACAGCAAGUACACGAGGAGUGUAUUCCGGCAGACAUUCCCGGAUAUGAAGAAGAGGGAGUUGAAAGUGGUAUACCCUUGCGUGGAUACCAGUGAGGAUGAGGGAGCAACCCGAGAUAACAGCGCACCACUCCUACCAAACAGAAAGAUCCUCCUCAGCAUCAACCGCUUCGAACGAAAGAAAAACCUCGCCCUCGCCAUCAACGCCUACGCCGGCCUCGCCCCCUCCGAACGCUCCCAAUCCACCCUCAUCCUCGCCGGCGGCUUCGACCCCCGCAACGCCGAAAACGCCCUCACGCACACCAAUCUCCAAUCCCUCGCCGACUCCCUCCGCCUCACACACGCCACCCUCCGCUCGCCUUCCAUCUCCACUCUCACCACCUCCCCAGAAACAGACCAACAAGCGAAUAUCCUCUUCCUCCUCUCCAUUCCAUCCUCCCUCAAAUCCACCCUCCUCCAACAAGCGAAGAUAUUAAUCUACACCCCUUCCAACGAACACUUCGGCAUCGUCCCUCUCGAAGCCAUGCUAUCCCGCACCCCCGUGCUAGCGACCAAUACCGGCGGCCCUCUGGAGACGAUCUACGACGGCCGAACAGGCUGGCUGCGAAGUCCGGAGAAAGUCGACGCUUGGACGGAUGUUCUUCGCAAGGGACUUAUUUCGAGUUCGGAGGAGUCACUGCGUAAGAUGGGAGAGAUGGGAAGGGAAAGGGUGUUGAAGGAGUUUAGCCGGGAGAAGAUGACUAGGGAGUUGGAAGGGGAGGUGGAGAGGUUGAUUCAGAUGCCGGGGAGAUUGAGGCCGGGGGUGAUGCCGGAGUGGAUGAUUAUCCCGUUUGUGGGGUUGUUGGUGUUGGGAAUGUUGGUGUUGUUGGCGUUGGUGAUGAUGGUGUUGGGGAUGGGUGUGAAUCGGAUUCAUGGGUAG